AUGAAUGUUCGAGUUGAAGUUAUCUCCAAGCAGAUCAUCAAACCCUCUUCUCCAACCCCAAACCAUCUUCGCCAUUACAAAUUGUCUUUUCUUGAUCAAAUAUCUCCCCCAUUAUAUACGUCUGUUCUUUUCUAUGAAUUCAACAGAGAGACCCAACCGGUCAUUACUGAAACAUCAAAACACCUUAAGAAGUCCUUAGCCGAGGUCUUAACGCUUUUCUACCCACUAGCCGGGCGGGAAAAAAUCCACAACCAUUUUGUAGAAUGCAACGAUGAGGGCAUCCCCUACCUUGAAGCUCAAGUAACCAACUACCGACUUCAUGAUGUUCUCAACAAUCUGGUCCCUGAUGAACUCAAUAAAUUUAUCCCAUUUUCACUGGACGAGCAUAUUGCAAAUGAAUUUUCCCUCGGUCUCCAGCUCAAUAUGUUUGAUUGUGGAGGCUUUGCCAUUGGUCUAUGCAUUUCUCACAAGCUUGCAGAUGGACUGUCCAUGCUCGUGUUCACCAAAACUUGGGCUGCUAUUGCCCGUGGAGAGACCGACGAAGCCAAAAUGGGGCGUCCCCAAUUUGUUUCGGCCACACUCUUCCCACCGAAGGAGACCGGUAUCACAAAGAAUAAAGUAACAAAGAGGUUUGUUUUCGAUGCCUCUACGAUAGAGGACCUCAGAGCAAAAUAUACAGACUUGCAAAAGAAUGAGAAACACCCAUCACGUGUUGAGACCUUGUUAGCUUUCGUGUGGAGGCGAAUUGUGGGAGCUACCAGGGCUGAUCAUGAUGAUGAUAAUAAGAUGCACAGAGUGAUCUAUACUGUGAACUUACGUCCACGGAUUGAACCACCGUUGCCUCUAUACUCUUUUGGAAAUAUUUGUCGUAUUUCCUUGACUGCUCCCUUAUCACGUAAACGUUCUAGUGGGGAUGAUGAGGAUCAAGAAUCUUGUUGGUACAAGAGCUUUAGAGAUAGUUGGAUACAAGAGGCGCGGGUACAAGAAGCACUAAGCAAGGUUGACAAGGACGUGAAAACACUAGAACACGGUGGUGAGCACUUGAGGGUCAUGGACCGGUUUGCUCAAAGUUCUAGCACAGGGGAGGUGGUUACUUCUUCCUACACUAGUUUGUGCCAAUUUCCUGUCUAUGAUAUUGAUUUUGGUUGGGGAAGACCUACAUGGGUGGGCUUACCACCACUGCCCAUAAAUGACCUAAUACUUUUCCUGGACACCAAAGAGGCUGGUGGAAUAGAGGCGUACGUUACCCUGUCGGAGGAAGUCAUGACUAAAUUCGAAAGUGACCCCUUCCUUCAAGGACGGGUGAGCACGGGCGGGUUUGGUUCUGCUGCUGAUUCAAGCUUGCUUCGUCAACCGGCCCUGCUCAAUCAUGUUACAAAAUUCAUACCCAAAAUCAGCCGUUUGUAA